AGGCUAAAACCCUAGCACAUGCGCUAAACCCUGAGCUUCUGCAGCCAUUUCUGAAGAGAAAUGGCCGGUCCACUGCUUCGCUCUCUUUGGUCGACCACCAGGAAGUCUCUCUCGUCCUCUUCCCCGUCGGCCCCUCUCAGGCCAUUCCUCUGUCCACGCCCUCAUGCCUACACGCUUCCCCGCUGUUUCUCGGCGGUGGCGGGAGCUGCCGCAGCCGCCGCUCCAGGAAGCUCCCUGGACCCGAACCGGCUCCGGAACGUGGCCGUGAUUGCACAUGUGGAUCAUGGGAAGACCACCCUGAUGGACCGGCUCCUCCGGCAGUGUGGCGCCGACAUCCCCCACGAGCGCGCCCUCGACUCCAUCAGUCUCGAGCGCGAGCGCGGCAUCACCAUUGCUUCCAAGGUUACGGCCAUUUUGUGGAAGGAAAACGAACUAAAUAUGGUUGAUACACCCGGCCAUGCGGACUUUGGUGGUGAAGUUGAGCGGGUUGUUGGCAUGGUUGAAGGAGCAGUUUUAGUUGUAGAUGCUGGUGAAGGUCCCCUUGCACAAACAAAGUUUGUCCUUGCAAAAGCCUUAAAAUAUGGAUUACGCCCUAUUCUUCUUCUAAACAAAGUAGACCGUCCUGCAGUUACUGAGGAGAGGUGUGAUGAAGUUGAGAGUCUAGUCUUUGAUCUUUUUGCAAAUCUUGGUGCUACAGAGGAGCAGCUGGAUUUUCCAGUUCUCUAUGCUUCUGCCAAAGAAGGAUGGGCUUCCUCCACCUUCACUAAAAGUCCUCCUGAUAAUACCAAGAGCAUGUCAGAGUUGCUUGAUGCAAUCAUAAGACAUGUUCCUCCACCAACAGCAAGCCUUGAUGCACCUUUUCAAAUGCUGGUUUCCAUGAUGGAAAAAGAUUUUUAUCUUGGGCGAAUAUUGACUGGACGUGUUUCUUCUGGUGUUAUCCGUGUUGGGGACAGAGUACAUGGACUUCGUAGCACAGAUUCUGGAGUGGAGAAAAUUGAAGAGGGAAAGGUUCUGAAACUAAUGAAAAAGAAGGGUACAAACAUGGUUUUAAUUGACAGUGCAGGAGCUGGUGAUAUAAUAUCAAUGGCUGGGUUGACAAGUCCAUCUAUUGGACAUACAGUGGCGAAUGUGGAGGUUAUGACUGCACUGCCCACUGUUGAGUUGGAUCCCCCAACCAUUUCCAUGACCUUUAGCGUCAAUGACUCUCCACUGGCUGGUCGUGAUGGCACCCAUUUAACUGGUGGAAAAAUUGGUGACCGAUUAAUGGCGGAAGCAGAAACAAAUCUAGCCAUAAAUGUGCUCCCAGGAUUAUCAGAAUCAUAUGAAGUUCAGGGGAGGGGAGAGCUUCAACUGGGUAUCUUAAUUGAGAAUAUGAGGCGUGAAGGAUUUGAGCUCUCCGUCUCACCACCUAAAGUCAUGUAUAAGACUGAGAAGGGUGUCAAGUUUGAACCAUUGGAAGAAGUGACUAUUGAGGUCAAUGAGGAGCAUGUUGGGUUAGUCAUGGAGGCACUCUCUCAUAGGCGAGCUGAGGUUGUUGACAUGGGCCCUGUUGCAGGAAGUGAGGGCAGAACAAGAAUAUCCAUGACUUGUCCAUCAAGGGGCCUGGUUGGUUACAGGAGUGUGUUUAGCAGUGACACACGUGGCACUGGAUUUAUGCAUCGUGCUUUCUUAAGUAUGUUAUUUCACUAUUCCCUUUCAGCUUUCUUGAGCAAUAUGUUCAGAACCGGAUCGGGUGUUGAACCGAAAAAGUUACUGGUUCACAGUUCACUGGUCGGACCAGUGGUUGAACCGGUGGUCGAACCGCGGUCGAACCGGUGA